GAUUGGUGUGUGGAGGAGCGGGUCCCGGAGAAGGGAGGGGGAGACCUGCUGCCCCCCCACCCGUCCCCUUCGCCCCCACAUCGCAGCUCCCCGCUCCAUCCGCAGAUUAUUAGUACUCCUAUUAUUAAUAUUAAUAUUAAUAUUAUUAUUAUUAAUAUCAGCACCCAAGGCUACCGAGCGUAUGAGUCGACUAGUCCUAUCGCUCUCUGCCUCUGCCUCUUUCUCUUCCCCACGCCUGCCUUUUUUUUUUUUUAAAUAAUAACAAUAACUCGGAAUUGAGGAAGGAGGAAAGGGACACAUAAGCAGCCCUUUCUUUCCAUCCUGGCUUCUCCUGCCUCGUUUCGCUAUUUCUAAUUCCUGUUAAAUCGGGAAGGGCGGCGGAUGGGAAUCCUAACUUCAGACGAGUCAAAACUUCCUCGCCUCCCCCAAAGAAAUGUGUUUCAAGGCUGUGCGUGCGUCUGUCUGUCUGUGUGUGUGAAUUGUGCCGCUUGUAUUGCUUCUUUCUGCCGCCUUCCUCACCUGCUAGCUACUCCUCGUUUUCCAACAUCUGGCCUUUGCCGAGAUUCCUUUUUCCUCUCGUGCUUUGGGAGGAAAGUUUGUGAAUGUGUUCUGUUUUCUUUUUUUCUUUUUUGUACUUUUGUCAUUUCACCAACCUCAUCCUUCUGUGUGCUCUUCAUUUCAUUUCCCCAAGACAUUCCCCAUUGUCUCUUAAAUACAGUACUACUUACCAGUUGCAAACCACCCCAAGUCAAUGAUUGCUGUGUUUGUUGUUGUUGUUGCUGUUGUUGCUAUUGUUGUUGUUGUUACCAUAAAGCAUAGCUUCUUUCUGGAUUGUGCUGGUCAAUGUUUGAAAACAAACACAAAUACUUCCAGUGUUGUAAUAGCAAGGUUCUUCCCCCACCCCAAAUAGAAAGAUUCUUCCCCCAUCCUUUUAUAAUACGUUUCCAUCUACUUUUUAUUUUUCCUUUACCCAGGUUAACUGCAAUAUAUGCAAGCUCUGAUUUAAAAUGUCCUAAGUGUCAAAUAGAUCAAAUAAUUCAUUUUCUGCAGUGAAAAUUUGAAAAAAAAAAUGUUAAAAUACUUUCUCCCUUGUGCCAUAGCAAAAAAGGAUUAUUUUUUUAAAAAAACUGUCCACUGAUGACUUCAUUUGUAGCUUCAGCCAGCUUUUGUCAGGAAAGACAUCUUGAAGAAACAUAACUAGAAAUUAAUCAGUACAAAAAUAUAUGAAGGAGAUAAAUCCGCCACUAUUUUUGAACUGUGUUUGAAAUGCACAGCUGCAGCUUUGGAAAUCUAAACUAUAGUAACAGAAAUCGAAGUGAGGUUCUGACAGCAAGACAGAAAUACCCUGAUUGAAAAUGAUUAAAAUAUGCAAUGGUGUGAAACAGAAAGUAUUAAUUGAGAGGGUUAAAAUAUUCACCAGAGGCUCUCUCUUCACCUUGUCACCUUUAUAUUUAUAAGUCUCAAGUUAGAAUUUUUUGGCCUCGAUUAGUAGUAGGUCGACACACUUACGCCCUUACACACACACACACACACAAACUUUGUUCAGCUUUAAAUAAAUCCAAACACGCUUACAUUUGGGACAGUGGCUGCAUCCAUGGCAUUCGAGUAGUACGUGCAGGCGUGUGUGUGUGUGUACGUAUGUAUGUGUUGUGCAGGCUGCACGGUUGCAAAUGUUUGUCUUCCCUGGCCAAAGCAGUAGCAAGUUGGUGCUUUCUGGAACCAUACAAUUAAAGACUUGGCGUUCUCCUUCCCUCCUUGCCGCUCAUGUUUGGCUUCUCGGUUCAGCGAGGAAGGAUGCCUCCGAGCCAGCCGAACCCGGGCCAGUACGCGCUGACCAACGGCGACCCGCUGAACGGCCACUGCUACCUGUCGGGCUACAUCUCGCUGCUGCUGCGAGCCGAGCCUUACCCGACGUCGCGCUACGGCAGCCAGUGCAUGCAGCCCAACAACAUCAUGGGCAUCGAGAACAUCUGCGAGCUGGCGGCGCGGCUGCUCUUCAGCGCCGUCGAGUGGGCCCGCAACAUCCCCUUCUUCCCGGACCUGCAGAUCACCGACCAGGUGGCCCUGCUGCGCCUCACCUGGAGCGAGCUCUUCGUCCUCAACGCCGCCCAGUGCUCCAUGCCGCUGCACGUGGCCCCGCUCCUGGCCGCCGCCGGCCUCCACGCCUCGCCCAUGUCUGCCGACCGCGUGGUGGCCUUCAUGGACCACAUCCGCAUCUUCCAGGAGCAGGUGGAGAAGCUCAAGGCCCUGCACGUGGACUCCGCCGAAUACAGCUGCCUCAAAGCCAUCGUCCUCUUCACCUCAGAUGCCUGUGGCCUGUCGGACGCGGCGCACAUCGAGAGCCUGCAGGAGAAAUCGCAGUGCGCCCUGGAGGAAUACGUGCGCAGCCAGUACCCCAACCAGCCCAGCCGCUUCGGCAAGCUGCUCCUCCGGCUGCCUUCCCUGCGCACCGUCUCCUCGUCGGUCAUCGAGCAGCUCUUCUUCGUCCGCUUGGUAGGUAAAACCCCCAUCGAGACGCUCAUCCGAGACAUGCUGCUCUCCGGCAGCAGCUUCAACUGGCCUUACAUGUCGAUCCAGUGUUCCUAGAGCAGCCCUUGGCCGCCCCCCACCCACCGGCACCCCCGCUUAGCGACCCGCCACGGGCCUCGCGGCUGGGCGGCCAGAGGGGGUGGGGGUCCCGAGGAGAGAGAGAGCGCGAAAGAGCAAAAGAAAGGGACCCACGGACGCCCCACUUCCCCAAGGCCGGGAGCCCGGAAACCUCGUCUUGAAGGAGAGACUGGCGGAGGCUGGCAACUCCGGCCCGGCGGCGGUGGCCAAAAAGGGGGGGGCAGCUCGCCUGUGUGGAACCAACGGCGACCCCGAGGUGGGAGACUUUUAAAACGAAGGAACAAAACAAAACAAAAAUAAUAACAAUAGCAAAGACCGAAGGGAUUUUCUCAUUGUACUGCCUGCCCGCCCGCCCGCCCCCCCCCCCUCCGAAAAAGAGAGGAAAGAGGAAGAGGAGGAAGAGGAUUAGAUGGAUUUUCCUGGAUUGGUCACGGACCGAAACGGUGAUCAACUGUACAGCAAACACGGUUUUAAGCAACGAAACUGAAGCCGAACUGAACCGAGGGGGAAGGGGAACGGGAUGGGGGGGGGGAUCCACAGGGACACACUGACCACGAACAUUGUUCUUCAUUUUGUAAAAUAUUAGUCUUUAUUUUCACUUUUUUUGUAAAAUUUAAAACAUGGUUAUGCGCAUAAAGGAGAGAAGAAAAACCAACACAAGAAACAAAAAAAUUUAGGGAGGGGGAAAUAACGUUUUUCCAAAUAAUUAUUAAAAAAAACAAGGAAUUGUUCUGUG